AUGUCUAAACUCUAUUUCGAUAAAUCCUAUCCAUCCACUCAUUGGGUAAUGCAACCCUUCACAUUAUCAGAUCCGAAAGUGAUUUGCCUCAUCAAAUUUAAAAGCAAAUGUGAAUACGUGGUGCAUUUAAAUCCGACAGAUCGGAGAGGUUAUCGAUCCAUUGUUCGAUUCAUCAAUAAUCAAGACAUGGCAAGUACAUUCAAUCGAGAUUAUACCACCACUGAAAGAAUUGGUCUUGCAUUGUCUCUUCAAUUCAUUGCAGAAGCUUAUUCAAAAAUUUGUCCAAUUUCACAAAUAGCAGUGGCUGGCAAUAAUUCUCAUCAUGUGGAUUUGGAAAAUCACUUGGUCUUGAUGGGUCACGAAGAUGAGCCAUCGUUCUUACAUGGUCACGUAUGGGCAAGAGGUUUUCCAAAUGAACAAUAUGUUCAAGAUGUCGAACUAGGAGGACCAAUGCCAGGAGAAAUAUUUGACAUGAGGGCCACUGCAAAGGAAGUGAGAGGGAAUGAAUGUAUGAUCUUGUGGAAGGAGCAAGAGAUGGCAAAUGUGGUGAAGAGAGUCAAGUUAGAACUGUCACAAAUUAGGCAAGAGUAUGAGGAACAAGGGUUAAACAUUCAAUUGUAA